GACUUUUGUUUUUCGGCCAAAAAGACACUUUUAUGCGCUCUCUUUCCGGACUUUGAAAAUCUGGUGCCUUUUCACGGACCAGGUUGCGGAUUUUUUCGUCGAAAAGACGCGUUCUCAAGCCCUUUGAAAUUAUUAUUUCGCGUGAACUGCGGCGCCGACCGAGCUGCGCGCCGUUUUUGCGUCUCUUUGUAUUGUUUGUGUGUUUCUCCGUGUGUUGUCCGUGGUUCGCUUCUUUCGUGAGUCUCGUGUGUGUGUCCCGUUGUCUUCCUGACACCGUGCGUGCGUUUUUGUCCCCCAAAAUUCAGCUCCGUGCGCCCUGCCCCUCGCGUUUUCUGUGCCCCGUGCGUUCCGUUCAGUGUACAUGCUCUGCGUGUUUCAACCAACCGUCCUCUGCCAAGAGCCUAGCCUUUUCUCCCGCUUCUUCUGCGUGCCGUUUGGCCCCGUUGUCUUCAGCCCGCCUGCACCUCGUCUCACCUCGCGAUGUAUCCAGGUCCCGCACCAGCGUCCAUCGUCCCCAUCGACGGGUUCGCCAGCUCUUCCGUCUGCAAUGGCUCCUGGCCGUCGCCGUGUCCCCUCUGCGCCUCGCCUGUGCUGAGCUGCUCGCCGAGGCCCCUCGCCUCGCGCUCACCCGCCCGUUCGCUCUUGACGCCGCGCGUCGUCCCCGCCGACUUCCUCCUGCCGCCGCCCUCGGCCAGGGCGCAGAACGGCGCGCAGCAGGAGAGUUCUGCCUCGGGAGACAGCGGCCGCAGAGACAGGCGCUGCGCAUGCGGCCCAUACGCCCAGGACGUCAGGAGUCGCGAGGUCAGCUACGCCAAGUCCGAGUGGGGUUGGGGGGAAGGCAAUCAAAGCGCUGGGCCGAAUCAAUGCGCGUUCUGCGGAGGCACUCAGAGCGCGGUGCUCCAGCGACGAUUCUCCUCCUUCUUCCAGGAGUCGGUCACCUGCACUUCUGGACAGAAUGUCGAACUCCUCAUCUGGGGCGUCCGCAAACUCAUCGAAAACGACUUCCCCUGCCUGUACAACCGAAACGGCAUCGAGCCGCGCGGCACUGAGGAGGAACUCCUCGACCGAAGCAGUUCAGAUUCGGAGAAGUGCUGUGCGUCGCAGGCGUCUCGGCCCGGCGACGACGAGCUUCCGUCGACUUCCGAGCAGACGCCGACGCACGAGUUGAAGAGUCCAGCCUCUGCGCCGUGUGGAGGUUCUCCACUCUCCGCAGGUUUCGUGAUCCCCUUCGGCCGGGCGCUGUCCUCUCCGGGACUCGGCGACUGCUGGUGCGGAGGCGGCGUGAACGCGGGAGGCGUCUCGUGCGAGGAGAGACAGAUCGUGGUGGUCUCUGUCGAGGGCCAUCGGCAGCGCGACCGAACUGUCCUGAAGUGGAUCAGGAACAACGUGUUGAAGUCUGGAGACGUCGUCGUCCUCGUCACGGCCUGGGAGCGUGCAGAAGACCCGAAGUACCUCAAAGUCCCAGGCAUGAUCCUCAACUCCUUCGUGGACGCUUCCAGUUACAACAUCGGGAUGGUGAGCAAACUCAGCGGACGCCUCAAACACCUCGCCGCAGCCCUCCUCUCCGACUGCCGCGUGUACCCCCUCAUCGUCCCUCUCUCGAGGGUGAACAAGACGUCUGUGGGGAAUCUCCUCUGCCAGUGCGCGAGCGACUUGCAAGCAGACGCGCUCGUGGUCGGUUCACAUGGGCACACCUCUCUGCGGCAAGUGCUCUGCGGCUCAGUCUCGCGUCACGUCCGCUCGCAUGCAACCUGCAAGGUGGUGCUGCCGCGAGUCUGAGAGACCCAUCUGGACAAGGCACGCCUCCUUUUUGGGGUCGCUGGCGGGUUUUCUACCUCGGAAAGACCUACGAUCUCCAAUGGGUUCUUUUUUUAGACUUUUAUGCAUUUUCGGGGACCUGCGAUACGUUGUGAAAUUCGUUCCUGUGCAUGCAUGCCUCCAGUGCGCCAAGUCGACGCACCCUGAUUCUAGCCUCACCUCCCGCUUCCUCAGUUCCGCCUGCUGUCCGCGUUAGUAUUACGUCCUGUGUAUGUGUGUGGAUGUGCGACGCGUUCAUGGAAAAGCCGACUGCGUUUCGUGCGUCCACUCAUUUUCGUCUGUUUCGCGGUUUCAUGACUGUCCGUGUGUCGUGUGUGCCUGUUUUUGAUAUAUGAAGUGCAGAGCAUCCAGUGUUUUCUGCAUUUUCUGCUCACAAUAUUUCUCUCGGCCUCUCGUUAUCGGGGACCGAGGUAGGGGGCUUUUGAGUUCGUCUUUGCGUGCAAAAAUGGUUCAAUGAAGAGCCUUCCCGUCGGAAGGCGCUCUCCCCAUUUUUUGUUUUGUUCUGUUUUUCCUCCCUGCGCCAAUGGAGAAGGAUGCAAGGCAUCUGACGAAAGCAUAUUACUCUUUUCGAGCACUCGACGCAGCGCUGUGUUAGGACUGCGCGCGAUGGAGCGCCCCAUGUAGUUUACUGACUUUUGGAGACCAAGAAGGAAAGAAGAGCGAGAGCAAAUCUAGUGAGAAGGCGACGGCAGACGGGCGUGGAGAACGACCCCCGCCUGUCCGUGGUUGUUUCUGUCUCUCUCGGUGCGUGUCUGCCGCGUGAGACACGCGAGAAACAGUUCGGCUGGAAAUAGCGGUGCGAGUGUGUGCGGCGGAGAAGACUGCACGUCGCUUCUUCGAAGGUGUGUCACUUCUUUCUGUGUUUUUUUGUGUGGUGUCUAGCUCAUCUCCCGCUUCUCGUGUGAGUCGGAAACGUGAGUUUCUCUCGUGACGUUUAUCGACUAAGAAAAAGUCGCGUGCAAAAAUGCAACCUCUGUGUCUUGAAGACGGCGAGGACCACCCCCGAAGAAGUUGCGACGGAUUUUGACCCGGCACGGUUCGCUCUUAGAGAGUUUGUGCGAGACGUGAGCGACAGUGCCUGUUCCGUCCUUCGCUUCCCGCAUCCUCUAUUUUUCGCGGCGCUGUACUCCAACAAUACUUUCCCUGGGUUGCCUCGCAGCUCGCCGGUACCGCCGUGGUCCGGCGCUGCGGUCAAUGUGUACAGAGGCGUCGUUUCGUGUGUGCCUGUGUAGACACGCGUUUUUGCGUGGUGUUCCAUAUUUUUGUGCCUUGAGGUGCGGGGACUGCGAGGCUGAAGUCCCGUCUUUCGACCUGGUUUCCCGGGCGACUUCAGAGAGUGCAGACAGUGGUGGAACGUGGUGCAGUGCCUCUCGAGGUCGGUUCCCGCGCCCCAGGGUCCUUCUCUUCGAGAGACGGGCUGACGAAUCGACGCAGUCGAACCCGACAUACGAGGAAAACAAAAUUGCGCGUCGUAGCAGACGCGAAAAACAGACGAGUGGUUUCCUCGCCUGCUUCCUCUUGCCUCGAUUUGUGAAACUCUUCGCGUCAAACAUCGUGACUGAACCGUGCUCCACCAAGGAGAGGGGGGGGCGCCAGACGCAAUCGAGACUUUUUGCUUCGGGUGUACGGACACCCGAAACGGCCAGAACUCGGGGUGUACAUACACCCGAGACCAAGACAGAGUGGCCAGUGACAGCCAACAAAGUGCCUCUUUCUCGUGGCGAGCAGCAGCGGCUGCGGAUGAAAUCGCUUGCCACAAAACGGUGCACAUGUCCUUUCUUCGACGGUAGACCCACAGCGGUGGAACGGAGCUUUUCGUGUGCGAUCGUGGCCUGUCUCUUUUCUUCCGGACAGGCGUCUUCUGGGUUUUCUGCGGUCCGGUUUCGUCGCCGGUUGCCCCAGAACGCGUGUGUGACUACCAAGUGUUCAGGUGCAAACAUUUCGUUAGCACGUUCUUGACACGGCAGGCGAUCUCCACUUCGCGUGGGGAGCCCGAUGUGUCUCAGACGGAUUCUCUUUUCUCUGCCAGAAGGCGCAGCAGAUGCGGAACGGCGUGCGUUGUGCUGCUGUCGCGCCCCUGCUGUGUCGCUGCUUUCUCCAGUGCAUGCGCCCGCAACAAGAGAACGCGACCUCGCGCCCCGUUUUCUCUUUGCAAGCGCAGCGGUUGAGAGACAACAGAGCAAACGGAGAACUCUUGUUUCGCUUUUCUGACAGUUCGUGAGUUGCUUGCAGCCUCAGCGUACUCUCUCAUGUUUAGCGCAGACAUGUCCUGUCCCCGGCGGGAUGACAUGGUCUCUCCUCUGUUCGUGCGAUUUCGAGUGUGCCUGGUCUCCAUCUCCCUCUUUUUUUCGUGUCCGUGGAAACCUCCCUGUGUGGGUGAAAGACAAACGUGCAGUGCGCUUCGUGCUCGUGAAAAACAGAGAGAGUAAACGUGUGUGUGUGUGUGUGUGUGAAGGCAAGCGCCUUCGCAUGUGUCUCUUCUCCCCGCUCCACGGCAGCGCUGCGUCGAACAAACGGGGGGUGGCUACGAGACACAUGAAGUUCUCAAAAUCACACACCCUCCCGAGGGAGCUUUAGAAUUCACACACAGCUGGCCAUUCGCAGUGCGUGUAAAACACCCGAGAAUUUCGGAGUUGGGAGUCUCUCAGUUGCUUCGAGGCAUCAUCGUCAGUUCAUUGCACCGCGUCGGCAUAUGGUAUGUUCAAACAUGCUGCGAAAAAAGAAUUCCGUUGAGCAUUUCUGCGAGCCUGUGAACGACACACUGUAUUCGAGGCAGUUGCCUCUCAGCACAC